AUGAAAAUCAGCAACGAUUCAAUGCCACAGUUUCACUGUGACAACGAGUCUCUCGUCCUGAGGUUUACUGUGGCCAUGCACACCCAUCAGUUCUUGUUCAACGAGAACUUCUCACCCAUCAACAUCCAGCAUCUCCCAGCCCACUGCAGGCACACUACAGAGAAACGUGGAUCAUGGAUGCUACUUAAGGUCUUCUUUAAAGGCUGCUACCUUCAUCAUAAGGUGAUGGAGUGGAUGCAGCUCCACUCGGUGACAGUGCAGUACUUUGACCGCGAGCUGAUGCGCAAUGUAACAGCGGCGGCGUCGUGCCUCGAGCUCACGCCAUCACGCGCAGCUUCAAGGACUGUAGCUCCCGUGGUGAAGUGUGAGAAGAAUGAAAUGACAGUGAAGCUGCUUGGACGCACUCUGAAGCACGUUUUAGUGUCUGAUCUCCAUGUUGAUCAAGGAAAGGAUGUCAAACAAUGGACAAACAAUUGGUUUCUGUAUGUCAAAAUGAAUAUUGAGAAAGAGCAAACGUUAACUCUGAUUUAUCUUGAUCUUAUUGGAAAACUUAAAAAAGUGAAAGUCUCUUGCACCCAGAAAAAUAGGUCACGUUUACCUAGAGCCACCUUUGACAUUUACUGGGAAGAUAUUUCUGAAGUUCCAUUUGAACCAUACAUGCCCGCAGACAUCUCUACAGAAACAGCUCCAGCAGACACAGAGACAGACACAACAUUCCAUCAGGGCCCUACAGACCACCUGGAGUUACGGAAGCAACUGAGUUAA